UACGCCCAAGAAUAGUUGAGAGCGUACGUCUGCAAGAAGAGUACUGCCCCAGAGGAGUGAAAUGGUACAGCAGACAAUUUAUUCACAGGUGAUUUAUUGUAACAAAAUCACAAAUCAGAAUAUGUUUGGAGAUUUUUUAUUAUUAUUGAUACUUGGCACAAAGACAAUUCACAUACGCAAUUAAUAUUUAUUUACCUAUGCAUGCUUAUGUAUUUGCUCUAUGACUUUUCUGCAUUAUAUUUCAGCCCUUUGUGCUGUGUGGUAUGGUGUCUCUGAAAUGAUCUGUGAUGUUUUUGACAUUUUCAGAACUAUCAUAUGACCUUUCUAUAGGGGGUCUUUGAAGUUGCCCCAGCUGUGAACAAAAAGACCGCACAGGUUAAAAGGGACAUUCAGAAACUUAACCAUCACACAAUUCUUUGUACAAAGGAGGAAUAAUAGGGCUACAGAGCAAUCUUUCACGGCUUUAUCUUUUAGAGUAUUCAAUGCAAAAGAAAUGUCCGGGAAGGCUUCCAGCAGUAAUUCAGUGGUACAAGCACAAAAGCUGAUCCACCAACUCAGGAUUGAAGCGGGAAUGGAAAGACUGAAGAUCUCGCUGACAGCAGUAGACCUGGUCCAGUAUUGCCAGGAGCACAAGCGCAGUGAUCCUCUGUUGACUGGAAUCAACUCUUCAUUGAAUCCAUUCAAAGACAAGAAGUCCUGUGUGCUGCUGUGAUCAUUAUUUACUAAAUAAUGCACCUGUAGCUUUUGUUUGAGAGUUAGUAUCAUUUCUAUAUACGCAACAGUGACAUCAAGUAUUGUAACACCCAAUCUUUUGUAUGUAAACAUAAAAUCUUUGUGAUAAUGUUGUUAGAAGUAACAAAACAUAUUUCACUUCU